AUGGAAGUUGUAAAAUCAAAUUUUAAAGAUUUGUUGCCGGAAAUUACAAAAGACAUCGAGGAAUCAUGUUUUAUCAGUAUUGAUUGUGAAUUUACAGGCAUUAACAGUGAGAGGAAUAUCAUGCCGUUUGAUUCUAGCAAGGAAUAUUAUGAAAAACAGUUGAAAACAUCAAAAGGAUUUAUAAUAAUUCAACUUGGAUUGACAAUGUUUAAAAAAGAUCCAGAAGAUGACUUGCCAAAGUUGAAAUCUUAUAAUAUCUAUACAUUCCCGAGUCAUCGAACUGCUACGUUUACCUGCCAAGCUGAAAGUCUCACAUUUUUGGGCAAUAAUGGAUUUGACUUCACAAAGUUGUUUACUAAUGGAAUAUCGUACUGCACAACAGCUGAAGAAGAAAAGUUGAGGUCAAAUUUGAAAGAAAAACAGGAACAGCGUAUGGAGCAAGUUAAAAAACGAAUAAGUAGUGAGGAACAAGACAUCUCAAGUAGAGUGUUUAUAAAUAUUCCUGAAAAUGAAAGAGAAUUUAUAAAUAAUGCACGAGAGCAGAUUAAACGAGUCGUAGACAAGACAUUGCUAGAAGCUGUAUUUGAAAAAGUAACGGCAUUUCAACGGAAGCUAUUGUAUGAAUUAAUUGAACAAGAUUUUUAUAACCAAGUGUCAACAUCCACAAAGAAUCUUGAAAAUAAUAAGAAAGCCUUAAUUGUAUCAGUCAAACGCUCAUCUGAAGAUGAAAUGAGGCUCGAAAAUGACAGGAUUAGAGAUGAUGAAAGGAAUCUUAUUGAUUCUAUUGGACUGCGUUUGAUCAUGAAAGAAAUAUCAGCAUCAAAGAAACUCAUAAUUGGACACAACUGCUUGCUUGACAUCAUGUAUUUAACAAAUCAAUGCUUUCAAGAAUUACCAGAGGAUUAUGAUGGCUUUAAGAAGUUAAUUCACGAGAAAUUUCCAUAUAUUAUGGAUACAAAAUUCUUAGCUAAUUCUGACAAAUUCAAGGAUAUAUUCUCAUCGACUGUACUUAAUGAUGUCUAUGAGCGCUUGUUGAAGAAACCAUUCAAUAAAGUUAAUGUAAAAUGGGAAGAUGAAUACAAUACAUACAGUCUCGAAACUCCAAAAGAGCAUGAAGCUGGCUAUGAUUCGUUCCUUACUGGCUACUGCUUUCUCGUCAUAUUAAAUCAUCUAAAAGUUCCACUGGCACCGAAGUUUGAAAAAAGUAAGGAAUUAGGUGCUUUCCUUAACCGUAUUGCUCUCCAGCGAAUUUUGAAUCCAUACAUCUACUUGACUGGAAAUGAGCCGAUUCCAAAUCGCAGUCAUGUAUUUUUCAUCAAGUUUCCACAUACUUGGGUUGGAUCAGACAUCCAUGAUCAUUUCAAAAAUUAUGGUAAAAUUCAAAUUGCUUGGGUUGACAAUUCAACUGCCUUCAUAUCACUCAUGAAUAGAGAAAAUAGCAGUUGUGUCAUCAAAACUAUCGGAAAAGCAGCUGGAUUUGACAUUAAGAGCUUCGCUGACUAUCAAACAGAGUCCGAACGAAUGCAAAAGAAACGCAAAAAGGAUGAAUCUUCGGACCAGGAAUCGAGCUUAAAGAGUGAUUCUCAGCCAAAGCAAAAACAUCUAGAAACUGAAUUUCAAAUAUUUGAAUCCAAAAACUGGACAAAAAACCAACUGAGGACAUUCCUUAGCAUAGCAUUUAUUAUAAUACUCAUUUUAUGUAUGCAGCAAUAUUUUAUUAAUCCAUAA